AUGGAAAACGAAGCACUAAUACCCAUUCCCACCUCUCAACAGAGUGAGCGCACACAAAAUGACACCUCUCAACAGAGUGAGCGCACACGAAAUGACACUGGGCAGUUCUUCUUCUGCCUAGUCGUCGUGUUGUUGGCCUUAGCCGCUCUCGUCAUCUUUUGUAAAAAUAUUGGAAAACUAGCAGAGGAAGAAGAAGAAGUAAAUCCAUUGUAUGAUGUUACAAUACCUUCUUUGGAUUUCACCGUGCUUAAUAUGACCGAGACUCGUCUUAGUGUAAAAUGGGAUUUAUUGAUAAGAAUCCCUCCCAGACUUCCUGGUCCCUAUGUGUGUCUCAUAGGAUAUUUUAAGGCUUUCAUAGCUUACAACGGUGUAACCAUCGCUACUUCACCAAUAGAGAGUUACACUCUUAAAUGGUUAAUGCCUAUGGUGCUUCAAGUUUCAUUGACUGCUUCCGAGGGAGAUAUGGACGGUGCGAUUAUGAAAAAUAUUGUUGAGGACAUUAAGGCAAGAGGUGAAGUGCGGUUCGGAUUGAGGUUGCUUUUUCCGGAUUGCACAUAUGGAUCGAGCGGAAAGAUGAACUAUGUGUGUGAUGAAGCCACUUUAAGGUUCAAGCCUGACUCUCAGAGGGAUGCAGCUUUGGUUGAAAACCAACCUCAUUGCCCCUAUCAGCUUUGA